AUGCUCGAAGACAACGGCACGCGAGAAGGCGAUAAUGCUAGCAUCGGACCCGCUAUUCUGUCGAAAGAUGAAGCCCUACUGGCACGCCUUGGGUACAAACAAGAGUUUCGUCGCAAUUUUAGGCCCAUAGAGGUGUUUGGUGUCGGGUUCAGUAUCAUCGGGCUUGUUCCUUCUCUCGCAUCGACGUUUGUGUACGCACUGCCCAAUGGCGGAGCUGCUGCAUUGGUUUGGGGGUGGACAGCAUGCGCAGUUCUCCUUAUUAUCAUUGGGCUUGCAAUGGCCGAGCUAGGAUCUGCCGCCCCGACGUCUGGCGGUCUGUAUUACUGGACUUUUAUGUUCUCUUCCCCCAAGUGGCGCUGUUUCCUUGCUUGGAUAGUCGGGUAUUCGAACAGUGUUGGGAACAUUGCUUCUGUUGCCAGCGUUGACUGGGGAUGCGCCGUUCAAAUUAUGGCCGCCGCUAGUAUUGGUUCAGAUUUGCAAUUCACAGCGACAACCGGCCAAACAUAUGCCCUAUUCGUUGCCUUGUUAAUAUGUCACGGCACUAUCUGCAGCUUUGAUCCCAAAAUAAUUGCACGCUUGCAAACUCCCUAUAUUAUUGCCAAUGUUCUUCUAUGCUUUGCCUUGAUCAUCGGCCUGCCUGCGGCUACUCCCAAAGAAUUCAUGAACACGGCAAGUUAUGCCUUCGGGGACUUUGAAAAUUGCGAGUUAUCACCAUGCCUUCAUCUUUAUGGGUGGCCAAAUGGUUACGCAUUCAUUCUCAGUUUCCUUUACCCGUUGUGGAGUAUCGGUGCAUUUGAUUCGACUGUGCACAUUAGUGAAGAGGCUACCAAUGCCAAUGUCGCGAUCCCCUUUGCGAUUAUAUUGGCAGCUACUUCGAGUAGUAUUCUUGGUUGGGGAAUCAAUGUUGCAAUUGCAUUCUGCAUGGGCACGGAUGUCGCAGCUGUUCUUGACAGUCCUGUUGGGCAGCCGAUGGCAACAAUCCUUUUUAAUUCAUUUGGAAAGAAAGGAGCGUUAGCACUAUGGUCUCUUAUCAUCGUACUCCAAUUCGCAACAGGAACAAGUAUGCUUACAGCUUGCUCUCGGCAAAUAUUCGCCUUCUCACGCGAUGGUGGUCUCCCCUUCUCCCAUUGGCUCUAUUACGUCCACCCGCGCAGUCACACGCCGCUCCAUUGUGUAUGGGCUGUCGUAUUCAUCUCCUUACUGUUGGGUCUUCUCGGGUUCGCAGGAAAUGUCGCUAUUGGCGCAAUAUUCUCCCUAGUAGUCCCCAUCAGCGCCAGGUUCCUUGGAGGUAAGAAGAUCAAGCCAGGUCCGUUCAGUCUUGGGAAACUUGUAAUCUUCCUGUGGCUGUUAGUUGCCGUUGUUUGGAUGGUCUUCAUGGUCAUCGUAUUCUUGUUUCCUACGACGCCUAGUCCCACUGCCCAGGACAUGAACUACACAGUUGUGGUUCUAGGGGGGACUCUUGUUCUUGCGACGAUUUACUUCUAUUUCCCUGUGUAUGGAGGCGUCCAUUGGUUCACGGGACCGGUGACUACGAUCGAUAAGCACGAUCUACGUCCUGGAUCUGAAUCCGAGUACACGGAGAAGAAGGAGAAUAUGAGUGACGAGGAAAGUAAGGGAGUGGCGUAA